UUCGAAGUAUUCAAAUUCUCUCUCUCUCUCUCUCUCUCUCUCUCUCUCUCUCUCGUCUUCCACUCAAUUUUUGCGGACUUUUUAGAUAUUUUUGUUGUUUAAGGAUGAGGUAGAUUUUGCUUCCUAUUCAUUCUUUUUCUGAUUUUCUCUCCUUCCUUGCUUCAUUGCUGCUCAACGGUUCCUUCCUUUUAUCUGCUUGAUUCCCAAAUUUUGACUUCUGUUUCAUGCGUGUCUGCUUUUUAUGGAUGUGCUUGAGUCGUGCUAUGCUGUUUGAGAAUGGGUGAAGUGGUCGUGGCGACGUGUGAACAGGCGAUGGAGGUCGGGUUGGAGACAGAGGAGGAUCAGAGCAAGAAGAUGGUGCGGUGGGAGAAGUUUUUACCCCGGAUGGUGCUUAGAGUAUUACUUGUGGAAGCGGAUGAUUCUACUCGUCAUGUUAUCGCGGCCCUUCUUCGGAAAUGCAGUUACAAAGUGGCUGCGGUUCCUGAUGGACUAAAGGCAUGGGAGACGUUGAAGCAAAAAGCUUCUGAAAUAGAUAUCAUUUUAACUGAAGUGGAGUUGCCAUCAAUAUCUGGAUUUGCACUCCUUACUUUAAUCAUGGAACAUGAUAUAUGCAAGAACAUUCCUGUCAUAAUGAUGUCUACUCAUGAUUCAGUUAGUUUGGCAUUGAAAUGCAUUUUGAAAGGUGCAGCUGAUUUUCUCAUAAAGCCUGUUCGGAGGAAUGAGCUGAGGAACUUGUGGCAACAUGUAUGGAGAAGACAUGAGAUUAGCCGGCAACCCCAAAAUUUGACAUUUCUGCAGAAAAAACUGGAAGCUGCUUCUGAAAAUGAUGCUGCAAGUAGUGGUUCUGUGGCUUCCACACAGAAAAGUAAUGGACACCCUGAGAAAGGGAGUGAAGCCCAAGGUACAUCCUAUGUGAAGAGUUCUUCCAAUCUGAGCAACAUUGACACGAUGCAGCAUGAAGACUCAACCAUAUUGGGAUUGGAAAAGCUGUCAGUUAAGCAUGACAAUGAAGUUGGAGAGAAAUCAGUGGCAUUGUUAUCAACGGCAGCAAAGUUUGACAAGAACUUUAAAUCAACAGACUCUGGGCAGGAUCACGGACGUGAUUGUCCUGAAAAGAAGAAUCAAGUUGAAGUUCUUAGAGCAGAGCCAAGCAGAGACAAUCCUGAUGACACACAGAUUCAUGAAUGCAACCAUGGACUGGUAGAAGGAGUUAUUGAUUUGAUUGCCACAUUGAAGAAUCUACCAGACAUUUAUGAUGAAAGCUGUAAUCUCAGUGGUGUUGGUACAAAGAAGGUUGAUUUUGAUCCACGAUUGGAACUUUCUCUAAGACAAGAUUUUCCUGGCAGCUCUUCGAAGCAAACGACUGACGAAAAACAGGCAUUGAACCAUUCAAAGGCUUCUGCCUUUUCUUGGUAUAACGGGUGCAAGUUUCCAUCACCAUUGGGAAGCUCUGCUAAAGCAGGUGGAAACAGGGGGAAUUCUUGUGAAGCCAGUAAAUUAUCCGGAAGAACUGUUGGUACUUCCCGACAAUUUGGCGGCACGAAUCAUACUUCAGAGAAUAAGACAACCCUUGACAUUGAUCGGUUUGUUCAGGUCGAAAGACAGUUGUCAAACAGUCAACUUGGACCAUUUCCUGCUGCUGCUGUUACUUCUGAUAAUAAGCCUACUGGGUACGGAUAUGGUUUUCCAAUGUUCUACGCGCAAUCUGAUGUUCAUUCCACGCAAGUUCCAAAACCUAACUGCCCGAAAGAGAGUUUUCCUUCUCCCAUUCUCAAAAGUAACUCUUUCCAGUCCAAUCCUGAAAGUUACAAUUCAGAACAACGUUAUCACUGUUCUGAUGAUCCCAUCUGUACUUCUCGUGAUAAAACUGCAAAUGAAAAGAGCAAUUUGGAUCCUGCCGGGCGGCAUUCUUCUGCUGUUGAUCAGAGCACUAGUAACACCUCAUGCCAUGAUACUGCAAAUCAGAAUAAUAAUGAUGAUGACAAUACUAGUGCAUAUAAACUCGCAUGUAAGAUUGAUGGAAAUGCUUCUUCAGCUGCAGUGGUUAAGAGAAACCCUGAAAAUUAUGGGGACAGUGGCCAUAGUUAUGAUGGAUAUAGAGGGACAGAUUCUCAUUGUCCCAGCCAAAGAGAAGCUGCUCUAACGAAGUUCCGAAUGAAGCGGAAAGAGAGGUGCUAUGAGAAAAAGGUCCGAUAUCUAAGCAGGAAAAGACUAGCAGAACAGCGUCCUCGGGUUAAAGGGCAGUUUGUGCGCCAGAUGCAUAAUGAUGAUCAUCCCGUUGCUGAUGUUGAUGGUGGUUCCUGAAGUUUGUCUUAUGUCUUACUCCAUUGCAUUGCAGAGUUCAACAUUGAUUUCUGUGAAGGAUUAGCCGUAGAGUUUGUGUGGCUGGUGGAAACUUAUUCUCUCGUUUUUUUUUUUGGGUAGUGUGAGGCAAGAGAGUUAGGAUGAUAACUUACAAGGUAGUGGUUUUGUCGUUCUUAGUGGUUUCAUUUAGCUGGUCAGUCAAUGAUAAGUUUAGGGUUGUAAUUAUCAAGUGAGAUACUGGGAUUUCUUUAAUUUCCUGAUUUUACAUAAUUGUAUAUGCUUUCCCCCGAUGGGUACUGCUAAUUCAUGGCCAUGGGUUUGAUUUCUCAUUAA